AUGCCGCCGAACCCGGCGGGGGCGAAUCCAGCAGGGCCUUCCGGAAAAGUGGCGGUUCGCUGUGGGAGGACCCCUGCGUCGUGGGGUUCUCAAAGUGCAGACACGCUGAACAUCGACAGGGUCCCCUCUGCGGCCGAGGGCGCAGUGAGGCCAACCCGCAGCGGGUACGCGACUCCAGGCGAGGCCCCCUCCACUGCGGACUCCUCGACUGACGGCCGAUUCCUGGCCGCCUCGGUGAAGGCGCGAGCAGAGCAGCCAGGGCUGGCUCAGGCAGUGCAGCAGCCGCAGGCUGCGCACCCAUCCCAGUUCACCCAGCCCCUGCAGAGCGCGGCGCGCAAGCCAAAUCCCCCAGACUCGCCCCAGCAGCCCCAGCAGCAGAAGCAGCAGCCACAGCCCUGUCAGGAUGGGUCGCCGCUGGUCACGGCUGCGGCCGCGCCCGCUGCAGGCGACGAGCCGAAUGUCGAGCAGAUCGACGCUCAGCUGCAGGCGCUGCGGGAUCACAUGGAGGCCACGUGGGCAGAGAUCCAGACGGCGCGCACCCAUCAGGAGAAGGAGGCGAAGAGCCUGCUGUUCCAGAGGCAGAAGGAGGGCGCGCGGCAGCUGUGCGAACAGAAGCGGAGACUGAUCGACGAUCGGGUAAGGCGCAUGCAGCUCGAGCAAGAGAUGCGCGAGGUGGAUGAACUCCUUGAUAAGGCCUUGAGGCUCAAUGUCUGCGAAGAGGUGCAGCGACGACUCACCGAGACGUCAGCCGGUCAGAAACAGGAGACGGCCGACGUGGCCGGCGGCGUCGACAGGGCCCCCGUCGACGCGGCGGCCACGCGCCAGGAUUGGCAGGCGAAGGAAUCGCAUCUCGAACAGCUGCGCAAGCAGCUGGCUGAAAAGCGUCACGAAGUGGAGCGCAUGCGCCAGAAAAAGGAGGAGCAGAGGCUCCUCCAGGAGCUGAAGCAGGUGGACGAGGAGCGCUCCACGCUGGAGGAGACCGAAGCCCCGAGGCCCGGGGCACACUCGAGAGCUGCCCCCCCCAUCGGACACCAGAUGCGCCCGGACCCCUCGCGCAUCUCCGCGCACAGCGCUGGCACGGUGGACCGGGCCACCCCCGACAGCCCGGGGCACGCGGCCGCGGUGGCCGCGGAUCCUCAGCCCCUCUUCGCCCCAGGGGCGCACCGUCGGCCCGCUGCGCUCCGGAGUGUGGAGGCGGAGGGCGAGGAAGAGUCCCCCAUAGCCUCGGACCGGAGCUCCGACGCCACGCCGCGCGCGAGAGGGGCGACUGGGGCGAGCAGCAACACCAGCGAAGAGCUCCUGCUGAUCGAGGACGUCGAGGUCUGCGCCGGGCAACGGGGCUUCACCGCGGACGAGUGGUUCGCCCGGGACCCGAGCGAGAGCCGCUUCUCCUCUGCGGACCCUCGGCUGGCGCCAGACGACGCCGCCCUGGCGCCUGCCGCGGCGGCGGAGGGCGAGGCCGCCCGCCUGGCGGAGCUGGCGGCCCGCGACCCCGCCGCCGCGAGGGCCGAGGGCGUGGUGUCAGCAGUCAUGGAGGACCUGAUGCAGGACACCGACAUUGAGGUCACCAUCCAGGCCAUGCAGGAUGGGACGCCCCUGGCCUGCUGCGGGGAGCCCAUGCUGCAGCACCCGACGCCGAUCCCCCCCGCGCCGUCCCUGAUCACGGAGAUCCUGAUCGAGGACGGCGGGUCUGGCAUCGCGGGCGCGGGGGCGCCCUUCGUCCCGCAGGGCGCAGCGGCCCCGGCGGGUGGCGGGCAGCGGAGGGAGGACCGAUGCGGGGCCAUGGCGCCCCUCGUCGCCCCCAUCGGGCGCGACCUUGACGUCGUCACCACACAGGGACGGCGCCAUCGCGGGCUCCGACGGACCGACGCCGCGCGGACGCCGUCGUGCACACCACGGGGGCGGCCGCCGACCUCAUCGCUGGCGACGUCCUGGACACGCUGCUGGUCGAGGUGUGCGAGGAGAUCGCCGAUAGAAGGAGCCCCGUGCCCACGGCUCGCAGCCCGCUGGGGCAGCCGACCCACCCGCGGCACGCGGGCGACGACGGCGACGCGUCCCUGGGGCCGCAGGACUGGUCCACAUCCCCAGUGA